CAGACAUCCAAAGAAAGAAGUUAAAAAAGGAAAAGAAUAUAAAAAACAGGUGACAUAAGUGUAGAUGUGAUUCAUGAAAUAAUGACAAAUUAGUAGAGUACUACUUGCAUGGUUACUUCCUAUAAGUAUGCAUCGCCACAUAUCUUGGAUCUUUAUUUUUCAUUUUAUUUUUGACAAAGGGUCUAUCUUUAUUUAAUUAUUACUGAAGAAAUUGAGUAUAAGAGAGAGAGAGAGAGAGAGAGAGAGAGAGAGAGAGAGAGAGAGAGAGUUAAGUGGUUAAGUUGGACGAAAUGGGGUUCUGGAAUAUGUUAGAAGUGGCCUCUAUGCCCAUCUUAGAAGUUCUGAUAGUGAGUUUGAUUGGAGCUUUCUUGGCUUCUCACUAUUCUAAUCUUCUUCCUCUUCAUAUGUUAUCUUCCUUGAACAAGCUUGUGUUCGUGGUUUUCUCUCCUUGUUACAUUUUCGCCAGUCUAGUUCAGACCAUUACUCUUGAAGAUCUUAUUUCAUGGUGGUUUAUGCCACUCAAUAUCUUGCUUACCUUUGUAAUAGGAGGGAUACUUGGAUGGAUAGUGGUGAAGAUUACAAGGCCUAAACCUCAUCUUGAAGGUCUCAUCAUAGCCACUUGCUCUGCAGGUAACUUGGGUAACCUGGUGAUCAUAAUUGUGCCUGCUAUCUGCAACGAAACUGGAACCCCAUUUGGUGACACCAACAAAUGCCGUUCUGCUGCUCUCUCCUAUGCAUCCUUCUCUAUGGCACUAGGUGGGUUUUACAUCUGGACUUACACUUAUCACCUUAUUAGAACAUCAUCUAUAAAAUUUAAAGCACUAGAAGCAUCCCAAUCUCAAGCUCAGCCCCAACAGGAGGAGAUCACAAAGACACCCAAUGCAGAUCUAGAUGGAGAUCACCAAACUCACCUUCUUACCAAUACCAACAAGGAUAAUAAUGAUGAUGAUCAUCAUCAUCAUCUUGAUUUUAUAGUAUCAGAAAUCAACACUACUACAACAACUACUGAACUAGAGCACAUAUCAUCAUUAUCAUCAGGGAGUAGAGUUGGUCAAAUUCUUCACAUGAUAAGAGAGGAGUUAUUGGCACCCCCAACCAUUGCAGUGUUUGUGGGACUAUUGUUUGGGGCAACCAAGUGGCUCAAAAAUCUGAUAAUUGGCCCAAAUGCACCGCUGCGUGUGAUCCAAGGCUCGGCUCAAUUGCUGGGGGAUGGAACACAACCAUGCAUCACCCUUUUACUAGGAGGGAACCUCAUUCAUGGUAACAAAACAAGUAUAAAAGCAAAGGUAUUGAUAGGAGUGAUUUGCAGCCGGUACAUACUACUUCCUGGGAUUGGGAUUUUGAUAGUUAAAGGAGCAAACCAACUUGGAUUGUUGCCCUCAGACCCUUUGUUUCUGUACCUGUUAAUGCUGCAGUUCACACUUCCUCCAGCCAUGAAUAUUAGUACCAUGACACAACUCUUCAAUGUUGCCCAAGAAGAAUGCUCACUCCUCUUCCUCUGGACCUAUUUGCUGGCAGCUCCUGCUCUCACCAUUUGGUCCACCAUUUACAUUUCCAUUUUGUCACAUCACUAAAUCACACAUUAUACAUAUAUGUUAUGUGUUAUUAUAUAUAAGUUGUUGUAGUUAAGAACAUAUAUAAAUUUAUUACUAGCUAAUACUAAAUUCCAAGCAGAACAAA